AAAACCAUUGGAACAAAAGCGUCAAUAGACUCGGGAGCGACAGACAACUUCAUGGACGCAAAAUUCGCAAUCAAACAUCGCCUACCACUCAACAAACUGGAAACACCCAUCACGUGCAAAAACGUAGAUGGAACCAUCAACAACGGAGGAAAAAUCACCCAUUACACAUAUCAACGAAUUGAAGCAGGAGGAAAGAAUGCCAUGUGCAAAUUUCUCAUCACCCGAUUAGGAGGAGAAGACAUUCUCCUAGGAUACCCAUGGCUC